AUGUCCACUUUCUUCAAGGCAGAGUCGCCUAAGGACUUGGGCUCUGACCCUUCAUCGGCAUCGGCGUCGGACUCGGAUGCCCUCUCGCAGAAGAGUAGAGGGAAAUCCUCCCAGGCGGCUAGUGAGAAGGGGAGUCAACAUGAGAGACAGGAGAAUUCCUCCAAGGAAGCUGUUCAGGACUUGAAUAAGGAGGCUCAGAGUGCUUCGACCGAUAAUGUUUCCGCCUCGAGCAAUCAGAGUGACAAUGGAGAUGCACAGGCUCCCCAAGAUGAUCAGGAAUAUCCCUCGUCCUGGAGACUGACCCUGAUCACCAUUGCAUUGUGCCUGUGUGUGUUCUGUGUGGCUCUGGACAAUACCAUCAUCGCCACCGCCAUCCCCAAGAUCACCGACCAGUUCAACUCCCUCAAUGAUGUAGGCUGGUACGGAAGCGCCUACCUGCUAACCACCUGCUCCGUGACCCUGAUGUUUGGCAAGCUCUACACCUUCUACUCCACCAAGUGGAUCUACCUGUUGGCCCUGUCCAUUUUCGAGGUCGGCUCGCUGGUCUGCGGCGUGACCCCCAGCUCGAUCGGCUUGAUCUGUGGCCGGGCCAUUGCUGGUCUGGGUGCGGCGGGUUUGUUCUCCGGUUCCAUACUCAUCAUUAGCCAGAGUGUGCCGCUCGCUAAGCGGCCUAUGUAUACGGGACUCGUGGGGUCGAUGUUUGGUAUUGCGAGUAAUGGGCGGCGCCUUUACCGACCAUCUGACCUGGCGGUGGUGCUUCUAUAUCAACCUACCCAUCGGCGCAAUCACCUUUUUUUCGUGCUGGUCUUCUUCAAGGCUCCCCGUGCCAUCAAGAAGAAGAACGAUCUCCCCUGGCAACAACAGCUGGCGCAAUUUGACCUGCUUGGCUCCAUCUUCUUCCUCCCCUCCGUCAUCAGCCUGCUACUCGCCCUCCAAUGGGGCGGCACCAAGUACGACUGGAACGACCCGCGCAUCAUCGCGCUGUUCUGUGUGUUUGGCGUCGGCAUCCUCAUCUUCGUCGGCAUCCAGUACUGGGGCGGCGAUCGGGCUACUGUGCCCGUGCGGCUGAUCAAGAACCGGAAUAUCUGGGGCGCCGCAUGGUAUGCCUUGGCCAUUGGCGCGGCCUUCUUCGUUAUUACCUACUAUCUCCCCAUCUGGUUUCAAGCCAUUAAAGGCGCCACGGCCAUGAAAUCCGGCAUCAUGAACCUGCCACUGAUCAUCUCCGUCGUGGUCGUCUCCAUUCUCGCCGGUGGCCUGGUGACAGCAUGCGGCUACUACACGCCGUUCAUGCUCGCCUCGUCCGUCAUCAUGACCAUCGGCGCUGGCCUCCUCACAACCCUAGAAACAAACUCCAACCACUCCAAGUGGAUCGGAUACCAGGCGCUAUUCGGUAUCGGGCUCGGUCUGGGCAUGCAGCAGCCCAUGCUGGUUGCCCAGACAGCACUCAAACGCGAAGACGUCCCCAGCGGCACGGCGAUUGUCAUGUUUGCGCAGACGCUCGGUGGCGCCGUGUUUGUUUCGGUGGCGCAGAAUGUCUUCCAGAAUCAGCUCGUGCAUAACCUGCGCGAGUAUGCGCCUGAGGUCGAUGCUAGCCGUCUCCUCAAAGUUGGCGCGACCAUGAUCCGCACUAUCGUGCCUGGUCCAUUCUUGCACCAGGUUCUGAGCGCGUAUAACGAUGCUGUCACCCAGACCUUUUAUGUUGCUGUCAGCAUGGGUGCUCUGUCCCUCGUCGGGCCGAUCUUCAUCGAGUGGAUCUCCGUCAAGGGCAAGAAGCCCGAGGUGGUCGCUGUCUAA